UCUCCCUCUGUCUGCCUGUAGGCGGCUGGAGCUGGAGCGAGCUCAGCGCGACGUCGCCGCCGGCGGUGCCGCGGGCGACGCGGCCCUGACCCAGGGCGUGCUGCGGGAGCGCCUCCUGGUGGAGGAGGAUCGGCGCAAGCUGAAGAUGGCCGCUCGCCACGUGGAGGAGAAGGAGCAGGAAGUCAAGCGGCUGCAGGCAAAAUACCGACAGCAAAUCACAGAUCUCAACAGCAAGAGUGCCACCUUCUACAAGCUGAGCUCCGAUAGCUUCAACUUGACGGCCCAGGAGGCAGAAAGCAAACUCCCCAAGGGCCCCUACGUGCCGGUGUGUGGCGACUUGCAGGGCGUGGUGCUGAGCUGCUACAACAACAGCGGUGGGCAGACGCUCAACUGCUCUGCCGUGGCCAAGCAGUACAUGCAGUGUGUGAACAGCGCCAAGCAGCUGCUGGGCAAGGCUUCGUAGACGCAAGGCCGGAACCA